AUGCCCAACAAUAAGUCGCGCAUGCACAUUCCACGCUCCAGUAACCCGGACACAGACAAGUACUCCCUCAUCUCUGAACCCAAACCCCGCACACCAACCGCCUUUUCCCCCAACCCUUCCUCCUCCUCCUCCUCCCCAUUCAAACCCUUCCGAUCCCCAGCCAUGCGGAACAAAGCCCGUCUGCACCUCGCCCUCUACGCCCUCCCCAAAUACCCGGACGCCUACCACUACGCCCUCCUCCUCCGCCCAAAGGACGUCGCCGCCACCCUCGCCCUCUCGGGCGUCCUCUCCGCCACCAAACACCACGUCAAGACCACCAUCCGCACCAACGCCGACGGCGUCGUCUCCCACCCCUGCAUCUACGAAACCUACCACAUCCACGACCUCGCCGACGAGCCGCUCCUGCUCGCCAGUAUCAUCGUCGGCAAACUCUCCGCGUCCCAGGACCGCGUCGGCGAGAUCCUGGCCCGGGUCCCCGUCCACCAAGACGAUGGGUCGUCGGGCCCGGGCGCCAAGUUCAAUGACGUGGAGUGGGUCCGUUUGGCGGUUGAGGCGCUGAGGCAGGCGGAUGCGGUGAAGGAUGAUGGGAGGGAGUGGGAGGGCGUGUUUGAGGAGUCGCUGAAUUAUAUGCGCAGGAAACAAGCCGAGGGGAGAUGGGAGGUCGGAUGGAAGGGCGGCAAUCCGGAGGCGGUGGCUACGUUCGAUUUGCUGACGGGCAAAGAUGUUCUCUUUUGA